UUUUGCCUUUCCGUGUCUCAGCUUGCAACCUAUAUUCUUGCCUUUUGGCAAAUCCGAAAUCAUUUCUCUCAUUUUCUGCAGUCCCUUCACCUCCAAAGACAACUCUUGGUUCCAUUUACCCCUCCUGCCCUGUCUUCCCCAAAGGUAACAGCAUGAGUAACUGUUUGAUCCCAAGGACAUUCAUGUCGGUUUCCACAGCUAUAGAGGUAAUGGAAGAUAGAAGCACUAAUGUACUUAAUGCAAAGGAGGAUAAUCAUGGAGGAGUUACAGUUAACGUGGACCAGCCUAUGGAUUCCAUGGUCUUUGCUUCUUUGCUGGAAUCAUCAAUGUCAAACUGGCGGGAACAGGGAAAGAAGGGGGUAUGGAUCAAGUUGCCCAUACGACAUGCAAAUCUUGUUGAGGCUGUGGUGAAGGCUGGAUUUAGGUACCACCAUGCGGAGCCAGAUUAUCUGAUGCUUGUACGUUGGAUUCCCAACACUGCUGAUACCCUUCCUGCAAAUGCUUCACAUCGCGUUGGAAUCGGUGCAUUUGUCAUGAAUAAUAAUAGAGAGGUGCUUGUGGUUCAGGAGCGCAAUGGGUGGUUCAAAGGUAAAGGUGUAUGGAAGUUACCUACUGGAACUGUUGAGGAGGGUGAGGAUUUUUCUGCUGCUGCUGUUAGGGAAGUUGAAGAAGAAACAGGAAUAGAGACAGAAUUUGUGGAAGUUUUAGCUUUCAGGCAAAGCCACAAGGCUUUCUUCCGGAAAUCAGACAUGUUCUUUGUUUGCAUGUUGCGACCACGUUCCUUCGAUAUUCAGAUGCAGACCUCUGAAAUUGCAGCUGCUCAGUGGAUGCCAGUUAAGGAUUAUGCAGCCCAACCCUUUGUGACACAAAACUCGGGCUUUGACUCGGUUGCAAAAAUAUGCUUAGAGAACCUGGAUGGGAACUACACUGGCUUCUCUCCUCUGCCUAUAGUUUCAUCUACUGGGAAAAAGACUUACCUAUAUUUCAACAAACAGCAUGCUGGCCACUUGUUUGCUUCCGAAGAUCACCAAGCUUGACUUGCAAUUGCAAGUGCAAUAGGACUGUGAAACCUUCAUAGACUAUUAGGUUGUUUAUAGCAUUACACAGCUAGCUAGCUAGCUAUCUCUAGCUCUCAUAGUUUCUGAUUCUGCAUGCAUUUUUUGCUAUAACCAUUUAAUAAUGGAUUCAGUAAUUUAUUGUUUGUUGAUUUAUCAG